AUGACCACCAUCAUCUACCUUCUGCGCCGCGACGUGCCUCCAAGAUGGCCAUCAAGCGACUAUGCCGUGAAACUGUUUGCUGAACACCGUCGGGGAAGAAUCCGACGGGGCCUUUCGUACACGGGGUCUGUCAUAGGUCGCCAGCCACUCCCCACUCCCGCAUCCCCUCGCCGAGCUCGCGACGGGUGUCAACACCUGGCCACGCGCGUGCUCGGCAACACCUUCAUCCUUGGACGCACACGCCAUUCUCCGAUGAAUGUCUGCCUUCCCCCCAACGUGGUCGCGUUCUUCCGCGUCUUCAUGCGCCUCCAACGCGUCGGCCACCUCACCUACUGGCUCUCCGAAUUUCACGCACGCAUCCUCAGCGGCUCCACGGCACGCUCCAGAUCUCGGAUCGCAAGCCGCGGCGCAUGCUCACGGACCCAGUGGCUCGUCAACCUUGAUAUCGUGCUCGAGACCACGCUCACCGCCCUCAGCUUCUCCACGCUCACCGCGCUCCCAGCCGGGCACCCGCUCCCGUGGUGGUCGCCACAGGCGCCGUUCCAGCUGUGCACGCUCCUCGUCCUGUGCCGCGUGGACGCCAUCUCUCUCGGCUCGCUCGCCGGGGCCGACCUGGUCCGGCGCGUGUUCGAGGACCGGCCGUGGGCGCCAGUGCCAGGGACGGCGUUCGUGCUCACCGAGCUCGAGUACGUGCACCGCAGCAAGUCCGUGCGGGUCCGGAUGAGCGAAACGCGGGUGGUACGGACGCGGGAGGAGAGGCGGCAUGCACGAUGCUGUGCCGAGGUGAGAAUCGGUCUCAAGCGCUCGACGAAACAACCUGCGGCCCAUCGGUUUGAACCUGCUCCGGACGGCGGGUGGGACGCGCUGCUGCUCGAUCGCGCGCCGCUAGCUGUGAGGCCUGCAGCGCGCAAGCCUAGCCCGACGGGGGCGAAGCUUUCGAGCAAGCUUCAAGCUUUCCGCCAGACCGUCAAGCCUGCGGGAAGGGAUACCGGCCGGAUGCGAUCGUGA